CUCUUUGGUGGUGGUUAGGAAACCCGGAAUUCAGAUGGUGGCUGAGGGUGGCUGACUGAAAAACGGACUUCCAGAUUUCUUACUCUUCCACAAGGGCCCUCAUCACGUGCGCAGGUCUCUAACCUUACUCUCUGAAAGGAUGGCUUGCCUUCUUCCUGCUGCUCGACUUCCUGCAGGCUUUCUCUUCUUAGUGCUCUGGGGCUCAGUUCUAGGUGACAAGCUGCUGGUGGUCCCCCAGGAUGGCAGCCACUGGCUUAGCAUGAAGGAGAUAGUGGAGCACCUCAGUGAACGCGGACACGACAUUGUGGUGCUAGUGCCAGAAGUCAAUUUGCUUUUGGGAGAAUCCAAAUACUACAGGAGGAAAAGCUUCCCGGUCCCCUACAACCUAGAAGAGUUGCGGACCCGCUAUCGCUCCUUUGGGAACAACCACUUUGCUGCCAGUUCCCCCCUGAUGGCUCCUCUAAGAGAGUACAGGAACAACAUGAUUGUCAUUGACAUGUGCUUUUUCAGCUGCCAGAGCCUCCUGAAGGACUCGGCCACCCUCAGCUUCCUCAGGGAGAACCAGUUUGAUGCUCUGUUCACAGACCCGGCCAUGCCCUGUGGUGUGAUCCUGGCUGAGUAUCUCAAGCUGCCUUCCGUCUACCUCUUCAGAGGUUUCCCAUGCUCUCUGGAGCACAUGCUUGGUCAAAGCCCAAGCCCCGUAUCCUAUGUUCCCAGAUUCUACACCAAAUUCUCAGACCACAUGACAUUUCCCCAACGGCUGGCCAACUUCAUUGCUAACAUCUUGGAGAACUACCUUUAUCAUUGUCUGUACUCAAAGUAUGAGAUCCUUGCCUCAGACCUCCUCAAGAGAGAUGUGUCCCUACCUGCCUUACACCAGAACUCUCUGUGGCUGUUACGGUAUGAUUUUGUGUUCGAAUACCCCCGGCCAGUCAUGCCCAACAUGAUCUUCAUUGGAGGGACCAACUGCAAGAAGAAGGGGAACCUGUCUCAGGAAUUUGAAGCCUAUGUCAACGCCUCCGGAGAACAUGGCAUCGUGGUUUUCUCUUUGGGAUCCAUGGUCUCAGAGAUUCCAGAGAAGAAAGCGAUGGAAAUUGCUGAGGCUUUGGGCAGAAUUCCUCAGACGGUCCUGUGGCGCUACACCGGAACUAGACCAUCGAACCUUGCAAAGAACACUAUUCUUGUCAAAUGGCUACCCCAAAACGAUCUGCUUGGUCAUCCAAAGGCUCGGGCGUUCAUCACACACUCCGGUUCCCAUGGUAUUUAUGAAGGAAUAUGCAAUGGGGUUCCAAUGGUGAUGAUGCCCUUGUUUGGUGAUCAGAUGGACAACGCCAAGCGCAUGGAAACUCGGGGAGCUGGGGUGACCCUGAAUGUCCUGGAAAUGACUGCCGAUGAUUUGGAAAACGCCCUUAAAACUGUCAUCAAUAACAAGAGUUACAAGGAGAACAUCAUGCGCCUCUCCAGCCUUCACAAGGACCGUCCUAUCGAGCCUCUGGACCUGGCUGUGUUCUGGGUGGAGUACGUGAUGAGGCACAAGGGGGCGCCACACCUGCGCCCCGCCGCCCACGACCUCACCUGGUACCAGUACCACUCCUUGGACGUGAUUGGCUUUCUCCUGGCCAUCGUGUUGACGGUGGUCUUCAUUGUCUAUAAAAGUUGUGCCUAUGGCUGCCGGAAAUGCUUUGGGGGAAAGGGUCGAGUGAAGAAAUCACACAAAUCCAAGACCCACUGAGAAGUGGCAGGAAGUGAAGGAGAAGUAUUAGUCCCUUAUCCAAUCAGUUGAAACUUGGAAACAAGUGUUAAAUCCAUGUUGCUUUUAUUAGGGAAAUAAUUCACCAUACACUAUACACCCAGAACAAUUUUUUUUCUUUUUCUUUUUUUCGGAGCUGGGGACCGAACCCAGAACAUUUUUUUUUUUAAAUAAAAACAAUCUAAUUGCUGGCCACACCCAUCAGGGAAGAUACUGGAAUAUGUGAUCUGUUUCUCCAGUAUCUUCAGUCUGGACAAUGACUGCCAUCUGUUGGUAACUUACAGAAAGUUUAGUGUUCUGCCUUCAGUGACAGCACCACAGUUUCCCUUACUCCUGUCAGCUAAUGGCUUCCUCCCCUGGAUUCUCAGACCAGUGUGGCCUUCCCAGUGUUAGUCAUUCCUCACUGUGCUCAUGUUUUGUGGGUGGCACGGCCUUUGAGCUUUGGGAGAAAAGAAGAUGAGGCUGUGACACUGGUGGCCCUGUGUUUGAGAUAAUAAUUAUUGCUUGUCUCUGAAUUUGAUGAAAACUGAAGUACAUUCUAAAGAAAGUAUGUCUUCUAUUGUGUUCCCAAACCAAGAACUUGUCAAUAAAUUCAUAUAAAUUGUAUUAUUACUUUU